UUCAUCCCAACCAUGGGCGUCGAUGAGAAGCAUCUGCCCGUUCAAUCCGACGGUAUCGCCCAGACAAUCCAACAUGGAGACAUUCAUCCCCAACCGACCUCUGAUCCACUGGAUCCACUCAACUGGGGCGCGUUCCAAAAGAACAGUAUCCUCGGGAUCGUCAUGUUCAAAUACUUCCUCUUCACCUACAUCACCACCACCACCGUCCCCUCCUUCCCCUCCAUCCAGAGCCAGUUCGACAUCUCCUACGCGCAAGUGAACUGGACAGUCGCGCUCCCGGCGCUGGGACUCUCGGUGGGUCCGCUCAUCUGGUCCUCGCUGGGCGAUAUCUACGGACGACGGGUGGUCUUCCUCGUCGGGACGGUAAUCGCGCUCGUCUCGACGGUGGGGGCAGCUGUGGCAGACAGUUAUGGGGGGUAUAUGGUGGCGAGAUUCUUCCAGGGGGUGGGCGUGAGUCCUGCGUCGUCGGUGGGGAUGGCAGUGGUCAACGAUCUCUUCUUCGAUUACGAGCGCGGCCAAAAGUUAGGGUUGUGGGUGUUGGCAAUCGACUCGGGGUUAUUACUGGGUCCAACGUUCGGCGGCUUUCUCAACCUCGUCAGCGCCGCCUGGAUCAACUGGUUUAACGCGAUCCUCUUCGGGGUGCUUCUCGUGCUGGAACUGCUUUUCAUGCCAGAGACGCUCUAUCCCCGGAGUCUGAUGCUGCAGUGCACGUCUCUACCAACAUCCACAUCAUCAUCGGAUAUCGAACGGGGUGUUUCCACCGACAAGAACACCCCCAAACCCAGAGAAACACCCACCCCAAGCUCAGUCAGCAUAAGAAACGAAGAAAAAGAGCAAAUCCCCCGAACUAAAACCCUCCCCUUCAUCAACAUCCACCCCAUCCCCGGCCUCCGCCACCCCUCGAUCUUCGCCGCCAUGCAGCGCUUCAUCCUCACCUUCACGCAGUGUCCCAUCGCAGCGGCGACAGUAGUGGGCUACGUCUUCACAUGGUACUGGUGGGUGCUAUCAGUGAUCACGAUGAUCCCAGCCGCGUACGCAGAGUGGACACCCCUAACGCAGGGUCUGCUCUUCUUGGGUCUACUGGUGGGGACAGUCGUGUCCGAGGUAGGCUGUUCGGGGCGGUUAAGCGAUGCGCUGGUAAAUAGACUAGCAAGACGCAAUGGGGGAGUCAGGGUUGCUGAGAUGAGGCUGUGGCUGGGAUGGCCUGCUGUGGGGGUGACGGCCUUGGGAUUGAUCCUCUGGGGAGUGAGCAUCGACAAAGGAUACCACUGGAUGGUGGGACAGGUUGCGUUUUUCUUCUUCGCAUCAGGAAUCCAAAUCGGCAACACCAUCACAACCAGCUAUAUCAUCGACAUCCACCCCUUACAAUCAACCAGCAUCGUCAUCUUCUACGCUGUAUUUCUCAACUUGAGUGCCUUUAUCAAUCCGUUCUUCAUCGCCCCCUGGCAAGAGUCCACCGGCUGGACCUGGACCUUCACCACCCAGGCUUUGAUCGUCGUUGUCCUCAGCGGGAGCGGUCUCGCGGCGUUGCAGCGGUUUGGGGCGUCAUGGCGGGCGAGAGCGCCUGUGCCGGGCUGGGUGAAUGCGGAGUUUGAUUAG